AUGUCUGGGUCCGAAUCGCUGAGAGAGGUUACAUUACGACCAUGGCCAACGCCGGUGAAGGAGGAGCUGGGACAACAGGAGCUCCUUCUGCAGGUGACGCAACUCACGAGUGAACGAGGACAUUUGCGCGAGAUUACCGAAAAGUCGUUACAAGAGCAAAUAGAUGGGGGAGAAGAUGCUCCAGACGGUAUCAAGGAGGGUGUGGAGGAGGGGAAGGAAGCACCAUCCACAAACGAACGGCUUGAGGAGAUCUACCGUGUGCGCAUGGAGAUGAUAGGCCACUUGGAAUGGGCUAGAUUUGCUACAAACAAUCUCCUCGACAUCUGCUCCCUCAUCCUCUCGGUCGAUCCAAACAAACGUUCCGCCCAAUUGUUCAGCGCGGGGUUCCGUCAAUCAGGCCUGGACCAGGGACUUCCGUUCGGAUCGUUUGGCGUCAGCAGGGAAAACCACGAACAGCAUGUUCGCAGGCCUGAAGAAGAGGCGAGGAUGCAGGACCUAGAGUUGCGACAAGAACUCGUGGCAAAGGGUUCGAGAAUGGAGGCGCUCGAGUCCGCGGUAGAUGACAUACUUAAGGCUGCAAAGAACUUUGAGAAGGAGGCACGAAGGGAGACGAAAUACUGGGAGGAAAUCGUUUCUAUCUCCAAUAAGGGAUGGCCAAUUCAGCGUCUCCGCCAGAAUGCGCGCCAUGUCCCCUUCGGUGUGCGUUAUGGGCUUCCUGAAGCAAGUGACCACUUCAAGGCUCGCGGAUUUGCUCCUCUGCGCAUGGACGAAGACGGCAGUAUCAUUCUUGAUCCCGCGCUUACUUUGAAGCCAAAGACGCUCCGUGUGAGGGUCAGCGAAAAUGGAAAGACUGCAGGAACAUCAUACCUCCCUGUACAAGGGGAAGCGAAGGAGCUUGCAAUCGAGAAGUCCAUACAGUUAGCUCGAGAUUCUUUGUUCGAAGAAGAACUGUUCCACGAGAUGACCAUGGAGACGCGACAACUGGUAUCAUAUGGAGUCGAGUUUCGGGAUUCGGUCAUCUCGUUUGAUGCACCUACGAUGGGCACUGUCCCAACACAUCGAAGAUUGAUGAUCGACUGUAUACCACGAGACGAGAACAUCACCGGCAGCCAAGACCACUCGCUCGAUUGGCUUGCUCAACACAUUGCUGAAGGACUGCGUCUGCUGCUGGGCCACGAACAUAACAUGCGUCUUUACCGGAGAACCCAACUUCCACCUCCACUAACAGCACGAAAACGAGAAAAGCCACCUGCGCCAAUUCUUCGAACGCUGCUUGCAAUGUUGCGUCAUGUAGAAAGUGUCGACUCCCUAUAUGCCUACCUUGAGACCACAGCAAGAACGAUGAAAAGUGCUGGUCUGGAUGUUGCUCUGGACACCACACGCGAAUUGUCCUGGACGAAGCUAACCGAAACUCUCAAGGAGUCAUCAAACAAGGACCUCUCUGCAACAGAUCAGCUUCUAGAGAUUUUCACAAAGCCAUUUGACGGAAAGGCUACUCUGACGCUCCCAUCCUUGAAUGGGACCCAAUCAGAAAACAUUGUCGUCGUGACACGCACCAUCAUAGGCCAGCCUACUUUUGGCACAGAGCACAAACUGACGAUCCCCUCACUGCUAGUUUCGGACCUCGGACUGUUCCAGCAGCUGAAAUUCUCAUCCGUCGACGAAGUAAAGUCGUAUUUGGAUUGGAUUCUAUCUCUCCACCUGUCUGGUAGACUGCUCAAGAAUGAAUAUUCGGCGAGAGCGAUUGUCAAGGGAAAAGAGUCUAGGCUUACUAUCUCCAGCUCGAGUAGCAAGAAAGGCUCUACUCUGUCAAAAGAUGUCAUGGUUGAGUUGCACGGAGGUGAACUAAAAGUGUCUGUGACAGCUGUCGACUCACAGCAAUCAAAUGAAGAGGCUCAGUCGCAUGUGUGGAAUGGCAAGGAUGGGGAAAUUUCAUUGAAAGAGAAGGUCAGGAGCUUGGUUGGAUGA